AUGAAUGGAAACGAUAUUCAAUCACAACCUCCAAAGGAAUCAUUACAAGACAGGAGAAAGAGAUAUCUAUUACAGCAAGAUGUUAAACAUGCAAGACUUAAUGAUAAUGAUGAUGCUACUAAACGGUUUAAAUAUUUACUUGGUUUAAGUUCAUUAUUUAGAAAAUUCAUUGAUCUUAAUGCUUCAAAAGAUGUUGCCUUUAAGAAAAGAAUAAGAGAAAUUGAUAAUCAACAUUCUUUUCAAGAAAAAACAAUAACUAGAAAAUCAGGUAGAAGAAGAAAAACUGAAAAAGAAGAAGAUGCAGAAUUAUUACAAGAUGAAGAACAUCAAGAUGAUGAAGAUCAUCAACAUACAGUUUUUACAGAAUCUCCCUCAUAUGUACAACAAGGAACAUUACGUGAAUAUCAAAUUCAAGGAUUAAAUUGGUUAAUCUCAUUAUAUGAAAAUAGAUUAAGUGGUGUAUUAGCUGAUGAAAUGGGUUUAGGUAAAACUUUACAAACUAUUUCAUUCUUGGGUUAUUUAAGAUAUGUUAAACAUAUUGAUGGACCUUUUAUUGUAAUUGUCCCUAAAUCAACUUUAGAUAAUUGGCGAAGAGAAUUUGCUAAAUGGACUCCUGAAGUUAAUGUAGUUGUAUUACAAGGAAAUAAAGAAUUAAGACAAGAUGUUAUCCAAAAUAAAUUAUUAACAGCUGAUUUUGAUGUUUUAAUUACUUCUUAUGAAAUGGUAAUUCGAGAAAAAUCUCAAUUAAAAAAAUUUAAAUGGGAAUAUAUAAUUGUUGAUGAAGCUCAUAGAAUUAAAAAUGAAGAAAGUUCAUUAUCUCAAAUUAUUCGAUUAUUUUAUUCAAGAAAUAGAUUAUUAAUUACUGGUACCCCAUUACAAAAUAAUUUACAUGAAUUAUGGGCAUUGCUAAAUUUCUUAUUACCUGAUGUUUUUGGAGAUUCUGAUCAAUUUGAUGAAACUUUUGAAGACAAUAACUCAGAAGAAGACCUAACUGAAGAACAAAAACAAGCAAAACAAGAUAAAGCAGUACAAGACCUUCAUCAAUUAUUAAGUCCCUUUUUACUUCGUCGGGUAAAAUCAGAUGUUGAAACUUCUUUAUUACCAAAAAUUGAAACCAAUAUCUAUAUUGAUAUGACAGAUAUGCAAAUUCAAUGGUAUAAAAAAUUAUUAGAAAAAGAUAUAGAUGCAGUCAAUGGAGUAAUUGGAAAACGUGAAGGAAAAACCCGACUCCUUAAUAUCGUAAUGCAAUUACGUAAAUGUUGUAACCAUCCUUAUUUAUUCGAUGGAGCAGAACCAGGUCCACCAUAUACCACUGAUGAACAUCUAGUUUAUAAUUCCGGAAAAAUGAUCAUCUUGGACAAAAUGCUCAAAAAAUUCCAAUCAGAAGGAAGUCGGGUAUUGAUAUUUUCCCAAAUGUCAAGACUCUUGGAUAUACUUGAAGAUUAUUGUUAUUUCCGAGAUUAUCAAUAUUGUCGAAUCGAUGGAUCCACAUCUCAUGAAGAUCGUAUUGAAGCAAUUGAUCAAUAUAAUGACCCGGAAUCGGAUAAAUUCAUCUUUUUAUUAACCACUCGUGCUGGUGGAUUGGGGAUUAAUUUAACCAGUGCUGAUAUUGUCAUCUUGUAUGAUUCUGAUUGGAAUCCACAAGCGGAUUUACAAGCUAUGGAUCGAGCCCAUCGGAUUGGACAAAAGAAACAAGUUAAAGUAUUUAGAUUUGUUACUGAACAUGCUAUUGAAGAAAAAGUUUUGGAAAGAGCCGCGCAGAAAUUGAGAUUGGAUCAAUUGGUGAUUCAACAAGGAAGAAAUAUAGGAAAGAAUGAUACAAAUGUAGGAAGUACUAAAGAUGAUUUGAUUGGAAUGAUUCAACAUGGGGCUAAAGAAGUGUUUGAAAAGAAAUCAAAUAAAGAUGGGAAGGGUGAUAUGUUGGAUGAAGAUAUUGAAGCAAUUUUAUCAAGAGGGAUGGAAAAAACAGCAAAAUUAAAUGAAAAAUUUAAUAAAUUAGGUUUAGAAGAUUUACAAAAUUUUACAUCUGAUUCUUCAGCAUAUGAAUGGAAUGGACAAAAUUUCGCCAAGAAGGAAAAUACCGGAUUGGGUUUCACUUGGAUUAAUCCUUCCAAAAGAGAAAGAAAAGAACAAACUUAUUCAGUUGAUAAUUAUUAUAAAGAUGUUUUAAAACAACAACCUUCAACUCCAACUCCUCAAAAGGGAGGUGCUGCCAAACAAGGUGGACCGAUCAGAACAAGGGCUCCUAAGACUUAUAAUAUCCAAGAUCAUCAAUUCUUCCCUCCAGGAUUGGCAGAAUUAUUAGAAAAGGAACAAUUAGCCUAUAAGAAGGAAAUCAAAUAUAAAUACACCUUGGAUGAAUUUGGAGACAGUGAUGAAGAAUUCUUAGUAGAUGCCGAAAAACCCGAUCUUACCCGUCAAGAAAAACGAGAUUAUGAACAACUGAAAAUCAAUUCCGCCAAACCAUUAACCCCGGAAGAAAUCACCUUGAAGGAUGAAUUACUCGCACAAAGCUUUCAUAAUUGGUCCAGAAGAGAUUUCACCAAUUUCAUCCACGCCAUAGCAAAACACGGCCGGGAUAACUACACCCAAAUCUCCAAAUCCUUAGGACCCAACAAAUCACCCCAAGAGGUCCAACGAUAUGCCCAAGCAUUCUGGGAAAAUUAUACAAAAAUAGAAGGAUAUGAAAAAUAUUUAUCCCAAAUCCAAACCUCGGAGAAAAAACGAGAAAAACUCCAAAAUCAACAACGACUCCUCUCAAUCAAGAUCCAAAACCUUCGUAAUCCCCUCCAAGACCUUCGAAUACAAUAUCCUCCCAAUAAUUCAAAACGAGUCUAUUCAAAAUCAGAAGAUCGAUUCUUAUUGGAUUGCGUACAUAGAUAUGGAUUAUUUCUGGAAGGAUUGUAUGAACGGAUUAAGGAUGAGAUUCGUGAGAGUGAUUUAUUUAAAUUUGAUUGGUAUUUCCAAUCAAGAACAGCUCAGGAGUUGGGCAGGAGGGUUAAUACUUUAUUAUUAGCGAUUCUGAGGGAGAUGGAUGGACCACUGGUUAGUCUGGGGAAGAGAAGGGGGAGAGCGGGGACAAAUGGACCACUGGGGUCCAAUGGAAGUUCGAGGCCGGGGUCGGUGGAGGUGCAACAACUAGUGUGGACGAAUGGGAAUGGUAUGGUACUGAGUCCUCAGGAAUCUAAAUUGAGUGGUGAGAUUGGAACUGAUGGGGAUGGUGAUGAAAAUGAUGGACCCUUGAAGAAGAAGAAAAAGACGGAGAUGGAGGCGGCAGAGGUGAUUGUAGUAUAA